AUGGCUGAAUUUAUAACAUCCGAGCGAGGAAAAGAUAAGCUGGUGUACGACGGUUACGUAUACACAAGACAGAAACUGCUGGCAGGAAACCGCACUUCGUGGAUUUGCGAACAGAGAUCCAAAUGUAAAGCCAGAGUAACGACAGAUGGUCUACAUGUAGUAAAGGCCAUGAAUCAGCAUACACAUGCCCCAAACCGACCUGCUGUCCAAGCGCAGAGGGUGCAGCAGCAGAUGAAAGCACGUGUCCAAACCACACAAGAGACAAUCCAGCAGGUCUUGACAGAGAAUGUUGGUAACCUUGGUGAAGGGGCUGCUGUGCUGCUACCGAAUAUUGCCAAUAUGAGGAGAGCUCUGCGAAUGCAACGACAAACGUCGGCGCAACCUGAACCACAGCCACAAAAUGCCAUGAACAUGGAGAUUCCUGAACGGUAUACUCGAACUCUUCGAGGAGAAUUGUUCCUGCAGUUCGAUAGUGGAGUCGGCAAUCCAAAUCGCAUUCUGAUAUUUUGUACGCAAAGGAAUCUGGAACUUUUGGCGUAUUGUGAACAUUGGUUUGCUGAUGGCACUUUUAAAACAGUUCCGCUCAUCUUCUUCCAGUUGUUCACCAUCCAUGUCUUGCUGAAUGACUCUGUGACUGCAUGUAUUUAUGCGUUGCUACCAAACAAAACUCAGGAGACCUACGCUCGGCUUUUCACCACCAUAAGACAAUUAAUUCCCAAUGCAAAUCCAGAAACAUUUUUGAUGGACAUGGAAAGGGCAGCUUCAAAUGCAGCUUCAGAAAUCUUUCCUAAUGUGGAUAUCAAAUACUGCUUUUACCACUUGUCCCAAGCAGUAUGGAGGAAGAUUCAGGAACAAGGUCUUGCCGUGGAUUACCAUGAGGAUGACGAGUUCGCGCUUAAAUUUCACGAACAAAUAGUUAUUAUUUUUAUAUUUUCCCCCUCACCCUCACCCACAACGAGGGGCUAG